AUGAAGGCAUUCGCAGCAGCACUCCUUUUGGCCUUUCCAUCCAUCGCUGCCUCGCUGACCAAGCGUGACUGCGACUCCUUCGAUCUGACCGCUCCAGGACCCAAGGGAUGGUCCAGGAUGGGUCAACCAAUCCGGGUAUCAGAAAUCGUAAACUGCACCGCGGAAAGAGCCAAAAAGAAUGGCGAUGGCAAAGGGAACUGCAACAUUCAGCGCUAUAUAAUGGGCAUCAUUGCCAACGCGACUAUCAACAGCACUGACGGCGCAACCUUCCAAGCCCCAUCCCCAGCAAACCUCAACACUUCCAUGACAAACAAAAAGGCCAUUAUCAAAGCUCUGAAACACGAUAUAGGGCCAUUGGGAAACGUCACCUUGGAUAGGCUCGUCGUGAUACCUUUUAUUGCUCCAUUCAACACAACUCCAAACGGGACUUAUGGGUAUUGGACAUUUACGCCUGCAAUACAGUGCUGGCGUGGACAUCCCAGGGAUUGUGAUGGUGAUUUGGAGGAAGAAUUGGACGGUUAUUCGGCCGUGGUAUGCGGCUUCAGGCUUAAGAGCAAUUCGACGGAUGACCCUGUCACCACGUAUGAAGGCAACGUUAGUUUCGUGGAGAUGGACGAGGAAGAUGGUCUGAUCAAGUCUGAGAUCAGGCCAUGGCCAAGUCUCAGCAAGGCUCAAGAAUGGGCUAAGGAAUGGGAUGAAGCUGAUGUUGACUCCGGGGCCGGGAACAAGAAGAGUAUUCUCGAAGCAGUGAGAGAUAUAGCGGACUCUAAAAUGAUGGAGUACGUCAACUUACAGCGACUUGCAGUCAUACCAUGCGCAAACUCAUCCUGGCCCGGGACUCUGGAUGACUGUGAUAAUGACGAUGAUCUGGAUGAUACCGAGGUGGUGGUCUGCGGGUUCAGGAUUGAUAGAAAAGGGAGCAACGAGAGCGACGCCGAAUAUCGUGGGAGGAUUGGGUUUGUGGAGGAUAAUGACCCAAAUUCCAGGAUCAAACCUGGUGUUAGGCCUUGGCUAGACUAUGAAGAGGCCGUUGGUAUGGCUGAGGAGUGGGAAAGGAAUGAUGUGUAG